ACAACUAGGUGACAGUGUCACGGCGACACGGUACGUAUGCCCUAUAGUACAAGGUACGUUUCUUAUCGGUCCUCGUCACAAUGGUUGCAGAUCUGGUCCUUCCGGCUGAGUUACAGCAUAUCAGCAAGAUCUAAGGGGGAGAUAUCAGAUGUCUACGGCAUGGGGAAAUGGCAAGUAUAGCCUGAAGUCUGGGGGAUAGAAAAUAAAGAGGAAGUUUUACAGAAAUCAUUUCUGUAAUGGGUUAAUGGGAGCGCUCGCUUGCCACUUGCAUAAGAUCUGAACUACACCGAGAAACGAAUCAGUUAACGUUUUGACAUUGCACUUGAUUUUCUGUCUGUUAUCUUGUCCACCUUUCCGAAAGGCAUUACUUACAUAAUCUUUUGCAGAUGCAAAACUGUGGGAUUUGCUAUUCGUCAGCAUGUGGGAUCACACCUGCCUUUGCAUUCAGGUUGUGACGGCGUGGAGUUAGAAAUCCGUUAGGCUACUGUGAAGAUCCAGCCCCUCCCUCCCUCAAAAACAGCUUUCUUUAUCAUCAUGGCUCCUUCGAUGGACAGGCUAGGAUACUGGGGAAAGCCAACAUCUACACUUGACUGGUGUGAAGAGAACUAUGUCGUGUCAUUCUACAUCGCAGAAUUCUGGAACACUGUCAGUAACCUGAUUAUGAUCCUUCCACCGAUUUAUGGGGCCUUACAGACAUUCAGAAAUGGCCUAGAGAUGCGCUACGUCUGCUCAUUCCUGGGACUGGCAGCGGUUGGCGUUGGUUCCUGGUGCUUCCAUAUGACACUGAAGUAUGAGAUGCAGUUACUGGAUGAGUUGCCCAUGAUCUACAGCUGCUGUGUCUUUGUAUACUGUUUAUAUGACUGCUUCAAGCAAGAGAAUACCAUUAGUUAUCUCCCAAUUAGCCUUUUGCUAUCCUUCAGUAUUGCAGUAAGUUUGGUUUACUUGCAAUUGAAAGAGCCUAUUUUUCAUCAGGUCAUGUAUGGGGCUCUUGUAGCUUGCUUAGUUCUGCGGUCUAUUUUCAUAGUUACAUGGGUCUACCCGUGGCUGAGACCGCUAUGCUACACAUCCCUGGGGGCCUUCCUGCUGGGAUUUGUGUUAUGGAACAUUGAUAAUCUUCUCUGUGACUCACUGAGGGCCUCGCGCAGAGCGCUGCCUCCUGUGGUCGGAGGUGUAAUGCAGUUCCACGCCUGGUGGCAUAUUCUCACAGGACUUGGCUCAUACCUGCACAUUCUCUUCAGCCUCCAGAUUAGAUCGACCUACCUCAAGCACAGACCAAACGUAAAGUUUUUAUAUGGUUUCUGGCCAACACUGCACAUUGAGUCCCCGAAGACAGCCUGAGGAGGAGCAAGGGACGGCAGAUAACGGCUACCAGCCACCAGCCUCGGAGUGAGGGUCUGCUCUGAGCUCCUGGACACAUCCCCGGAGAACACAGCCUGAGGUUGGAGGCCCCAGUCCCAGUCUUCCUUCUUCAUUUUGCCAUAGUGUUCAGAAGACAACGUUAUUAUAAAAUGGGACUGUGCAACUUUCAUCAUAUUUGUAAAUUUUAGUUGUUUUUUGGUUGUUAUUGUUUUACGGGGGUUUUGAGGUGACGUGAUCAGCUUUGGUUUUGUAUUUAUUUGCUUUGUUUUUCAAUAGGUUCAAUACAUUGAAACUCAGACUGAAGAGAACUUUACCUCAGAUAGUAUUCAAUUCAGGCACAGAUUUUGUUUUAGAAUCUGCAAGAAAGGUUGUUUAAAAAGAACGCCAUAAUCCAUUUGCCAGUAACGUUUUAAAGUCUCUUAAUAUUUAUGGUAGAUCACCAUCAAAGUCAUUACCUUCACUGGAACAUUUAUUCAUACAUAAUUGUCUGAAGGUCGGAAUGAAGUUGCUAGUAAGGACUUUCCAUAUAGAUGGAUGCAGAGUGAAGUAUAGAUGUUGCAUUGAAUCAUUUUUAUGUUAGGCUUUUUGUCAUUUACAGUGUCAUUUCCUGAUUUGACUUUACUAAACUGAAAAACAGUCAAGAAAAAACAACCAUGGAGUUUGUUGGUCAUCAAACUCUAUUUCUUUUAAAGAGACAGCAGGUCCUGCCAAUUCCGGAUGUAAGAAUUUGAAAGAGUGAAAAAAAAAAAAAUCCCAUGUGAAAUCUCUUUUCAUUAUAGGCUGAUGUAUCGUACAUUUUUUUUUCUCAAUGAGUAAUUGAUACUUUUGGUAAGCAGAUGGACUUCAUGAUGAAUAUAAAGUUCAGGCUUUUGUGUUGGCCCUGAAUCACAGCAGCACUUAUGCACUGUUUAAGAGGCCAGUUCUGUUAACAACAACUUAACCAUUUGGGUUUGUGUUGUACUUUAAUUUGACAUAUUUUAAAGAUGCAGUGUGUAAGAUUUAAUGAUAAAGGUCUGGUAUUUAGCAGACACUUUUAGUGCCAUCUAGCAGAGAGGUUGCAGAUUGCAACCAACUGAAUACCCCCUUUCUUUCCAAGUGUGUAGGAGCACCUAUGGUGGCCAUCAGGUGCCAUAAACACAUAAGGCCCUGUCUAAAGCCUGUGUUUUGGUUUGUCCGUUUUUGGCUACUGCAGAAACAUGGCGGCAUAAAUGGAAAACACCCUGCUCCUUAUGCUCAUUCUAGCGAACGAAAACACCCUGCUCCUUAUGCUCAUUCUAGCGAACGAAAACACGACUUGUAGUUAAAGGUGAUGAUACAGUAAUGAAAAUAUAAUCAUGAAUACUAUAUUCCAUUUCUGCUAAUAGGUCACCCUGAAUCCAACACACUACACAUUUAAGUAGUAUUCAGAUUACUCAGUCUGACAUUAACCCACAUCCAGCUCACAACUUCGUAUUUACAGCCCAUAAAUUCUUAACAUGUAUGCCAUAUAGUGUGACCCAGUUGUUAAUUAAUCACUAAGUGUGAUUUAUCAUACUAUUAUGACCAACCAUCUUCAUUUUCUUUUUCCAUUUUCAAAUCUGGCCUAUGCUUAACAGGCAUAUGCAGCACCUAUCCUAGUUUAAAAUGAUCGAUAAACCGAUGUAUUGGUGGUUGAUUGCAGGGUAUUCCAUCAAUUACAGAACAUCCUCCAUCAUGUUUGCGUGUCUGGUUCUGUAUAACGUUUUUGUUUCCCGAUUUGGCCCAGGUCUUGCACUGAUCUAGGAGGUCUGUCCAAGGCCAACGGCCACUGGCGUCUUACGUGCGUCAAGACACGCUUCUAGCUCUGUUUAUCGGGGCAGUGCCCACUGGCGGCAUGACGCACAUCAACGUAAGAGUGUAGAACACUCUACUUCUAUUUCCUGAGCGCCAGGUCCAUGGAAAUGCCUUGGUUUUGAAUUCAAUCCAGGGAUUUUUACUGUCUUCAGCAGUUUUAGCCGACUUUUAUGGCAUUGUGGGUUAAAAGCAUGACUUUUCUUUCCUCAGCAACCGUUGACACUAGUAAACAAAACUAAUGUUACCCAGCUUAUAUAGCAAGAACUAAGCUAAUAAAAAAUUAUGACUCAAUGACAUAUCUAUCUAGCCACAGUAAAUUUAAAUUGCACAGGAACACUGUUUCUAUCAUUGUUCUGCUUUAAUCUAUCGCUUAAGAAAUGAAUGAUAUUAAAUAGCCGAUGAAUAUUAUCUCUUCUGCAUAGUAUAGAUCAAGUCUUUAUACCAACAAAGUCAUGUAGGCGCAGCCUACCCACCAAUUACAUGGUCAGUUACAUAGUACAACGCUAUGCUUCCGCCGACCGGAACAGCAGUGUCCAGCCCACCUUUAAAGUGCACAGCUCCAGAUUCUCCAGCCAUGCAUCCCCUUUACCUUUACCUCAAUAACUGUAAAGUAACUGAAGGAAAUUACUGUUUAUACAGUCAAAAGUUUUAGCUUUCUCUUCUCCCAGUCUCGGGCGUAGCACCCCAUUGGGUGCCUGUAGUCGCCUGGCCUACCAUGUGGUGCUGGGGUGGGCACUCAAGACAGAGCACCUUGUUCAACUACAGGUGCUGAGUGGGGUGCCACGUCAGAGAUGGGGAGAUCAGAAAAGCAAUUUUCUACAGUUUCUUUACAGUUAUUGAGGCACACAGACAAAGGUGUAUCUCUUUAGGGAUCAUUUUCAUGUUGCCAGACACUUGUAAGAACAUUUACGAGCCUGUCAGUGGGGAAAACAAGCGGUUUGCUUUGACGUGCUGGUUUUUCUCAUCGGAUUCCUUUGUAUAGCUUAGUUUUAGUGUUCUAACUCGAUACUGCACUGAUUUUGAUAAUUUGCAGUUAUAAAUUCUAGUAAAAAUGCAAGGGCUCCUUCAACGAGAUUGUUGUUUGCAAACCGAUGGAAACUCUUUGUUUCUGGUGUGAUGCCUCAGGGACUUCACCAACAUGCUGUUCGGUGCCUUUAGUGCUGAGGUUUAUUCAACAGCUUCUGCCAGCUAUUUCUGCCAGGCAUGAAAAAAUGGAGGGUUUAACUAUCAGUUCACACUGGUAGUCUGAUCCAUAGUUUUCUUAAAGGUUCCCAGCGCCUUUGCCCACACAGAGCCCGUCACAGCCCCCAGUGGGCCUGACACUGACGACCCCUCCGCCCUGCCCAACAUGGCUGGCAGCGGGCGAGAGCUUGUGGCUCUCAGUGGCAUGUGACCAUAUGAAGGAAGUGGUACACCGAGGUUUUAGUGUCAUUUUCUUUGCUUUCCAUUGUGAAAUUUUUGCAUCUAGAAGAAGUCGCUGGAAUGGACUAUUUCACUACGCGACACUAAAAGACCAUAAAUGUAUUGUACAAAAUAUGUACAAAAAUGACUAGAACCAUCUUUGGAAUCAUACCAAAUUGUAAUGCAGGUGACACAUGUCCAUAUUCGGCUGACCUCGUGAAUAUAUGCGCAAGUAUAUUUCAAAGAAAUCUAUAGAUACAGACCAUGUAUUAGAAAUGCUUUACAUUAAGGUUUAUGAACAUUAGAAAAUGUAUUAGUUAACAUCAACUAACCAUGAUCUUCAGUGUUGUUAAAUCAAGAAAUGUACUAUACGGGACCUCAUGGGUUGUUUAUAUUAACAAAACACUUUAAAUCCAGGAACUCCCAGCUAAAUCAGUCAUUGUAUUACUUAGCGUGAAGGAGCCAUAAACGUUAGCAUUCACAAACAUUCAGUAAUGCAACUUAGUGUACUUCUUUACUGAUGUUAACUACUAGUGUAUGCGUGUUAAUCAACAGCAUCUUAACGUAAAGUAUUAGAUUUGUAUUGUGGACUACUUGAACUGCCAUGACCAUAUUUUUAUCCCAGCAAAACUGAAUGAUUAAUCGUUAAAUUCUACAAUAUUAGAUAUGGUCACUCCUGAAACUGAUGUCAUAUAAGCACAAUUGUUUAAUUGCCAAUUGCAAUUGUAACUGCUCAAAGUUAGUCAAGUUUUCGGACAUUAUUAAAGUCUCUCUCUCUUUUGUCCUGUUUGAUGCUGCUUCAGCCGACCGUGAAGCAUUGUGUCGUCAUUAAUGUUUAGGGUGCCUUAGUUCCCAGAAUGCAGUAGGCUCAGAAACAGGUUUGUCCCCGCUUGGUGGAUCUGUACCAGGUCUGUGCCAGGUCUGCCUCAGGGUUCGCUACCGUAUGGGUUUUCACCCCGGGUGUAAAUCCAUGUUGCCUUGUUGUUCAGAUAUCAUGCAGACUCUUUUACGUUCAGCCCACCGGUGUUGCAGAGGACAGUUUGUUCCUGAGAAUGAAGUGAAGUGUGGAGAAGGCAUACCGGUCCACUGUGAUUUCUGCUGUAGCAUGUUCCUGCCAAGGCAUACCUGUGUGUCGUAUUACCAUGUGAUUUGUGAGGUUGUGAGAAAAAUAAUAAAACAUUUUGUGCUGUUGCAGUUUAUGCUAUUAAAAGGUUUUAAAAACGA